AUGGCUACCCCCAGUGUCCUUACCUUUGAUGCUGAGGGUCGUGCUGUUGACUUUGAGGUCUGGGUCGAUGACCUCCAGCUGUUCCUAAAGUGCGAUAGGGCAGACGGACUCUCCCUGUUUGAUCUCACCUCUGGUGCCUCUCCUUCCCCGCCUGCUACUGCCGAAAGCACCGUUCGCUCACAAUGGGCCACACGCGAUGCUGCUGCCCGUCUUGCUGUGCGUCGCCACUUACCGACCAUUGAGCGUGCGCACUUUAGCCAGUACAAGGGUGCUCAGACCUUGUACAAUGCUGUAGUUGCACGCCACUCUUCCCCUGCCACUGCUGCGCUUAGCCGCCUCAUGCUACCGUACCUGUUCCAUGACCUUGCUGCCUUUCCCACUGUCGCUGACCUCAUUACGCACCUUCGCACUAGCGACACUCGCUACCGCGCUGCGCUUCCUGCUGAGUUCUGUGUCAAGAACCCCCCCCCUCUGUACAUCACCCUCUACUACAUAGUCACCCGCCUCCUUGACUCCCUUCGCUUAGUCAGGGACCACUUCCUCUCAGUUUGCCCCACCACACUCACCGUUGACCUCCUCGAGGAGCGCCUCCUAGCAGCAGAGAAGAGCAUAGUUGCUGUAGGAGCCUCUCGUGGUGACCCUCGCACCCCCGUCUUUAAGGGGUGUUCCCCCUCCCCCCUCUUGCCCUCUGUUGCUUCUGCUGCUGUGGCAGACCUCGUUGGUUUCGAGUCGGUCGGCGCUGCGUCUGCCCCUGGCGGGAGACGCAGCACCGGCAAGGGCAAGGGGGGCAAGGGCGCAAGAGGGGCUGGCGGGGGCGGUGGAGGUGAUCUAUUGACAGUGGAGGUGUCGGUGGCAGAAGUGGAGGCGGAGGAGGCGGCGGCGGUGGCGGAGGGAGCGGAGGCGGCGGAGGUGGCGGAGGCGGAGGCGGCAGCGGUGGAGCUGGCCGCAGCUCUACGCAGAGGAGUGGGUCAGGUGGUGGUCCGCGCCAGCAGUAGCAGCGCAGUCAUGAGACCCUGUCCCCUCAGCAGCUUUGUGAGUGGUACGCUGGGCGUCAGCGGGGUGGGGGUACCGGUCAGGUAG